UUAUCAAAGCGCAUAGAAGUACAAGUCCUUCAUUUCGCUCCGGACAAUAAAAUGUAUAAAGAUCGGGAUGGGAUUUGGGAUUUGGCCAGAGUUUGGGAUUAUAUGCAGUCAAUUUUUAAGAUUUAUAGUUUUGAAACAUGUCACGAGAAAAACAUGCCACAAAACGAAUAUAUUGAAGAAUCGAUAAAACGACAUGGUCGACGUUUGGAUUAUGAAGAGCGCAAGCGGAAAAGACUUGCUCGUGAAGCGCACAGUUCCUCCGCAUUUGCUCAAAAGGUUCACGGCUUUAGAGCUAAAUUAUAUAAUAGAAAACGUCACGCAGAAAAGAUACAAAUGAAAAAGAUGAUCAAACAGCAUCAAGAAAAGUCUGCUAAACAAAAUGAUGCACAGGCGGUUCCAGAUGGUGCAAUUCCUACAUAUUUAUUAGAUCGUGAAGGACAACAGAAUGCCAAAAUAUUAUCAAAUAUGGUAAAACAAAAACGUAAAGAAAAGGCUGGAAAAUGGACAGUACCAUUGCCUAAAGUUCGGGGAAUUGCUGAAGAUGAGAUGUUCAGAGUUAUAAAAACAGGAAAAAACAGAACAAAGCAAUGGAAGCGCAUGGUUACAAAGGCAACAUUUGUUGGUGAGGGAUUUACUCGUAAACCACCAAAAUACGAAAGAUUUAUUAGACCGAUGGCAUUACGUUAUAAGAAAGCACAUGUCACACAUCCGGAAUUGAGUGCGACAUUCUAUUUACCGAUUAUUAGCGUAAAGAAAAAUCCUCAAAGUCCCCUUUACACACAACUGGGGGUAAUUACAAAGGGCACAGUGAUAGAGAUAAAUGUUUCUGAACUUGGACUUGUAACAACUUCGGGUAAAGUUGUGUGGGGAAAAUAUGCGCAAGUCACAAAUAAUCCAGAAAACGAUGGUUGUAUCAAUGCAGUUCUUUUGGUUUAA